GCUCACUAGGCGCUCGCCCUCCGGCCGGGAAGCAUGGGGCGGCCCGGGCUCGCGUGCGCCCUGCUGCUCGCCGCCUGCUGCUGCUGCUGCCGCCGCGCCGCGGGUGUGCCCGGAGAGGUGGAGCCCCCCACGCCUGAGCUGGUGGAGGUGGAAGUGGGGGGCAUAGCGCUUCUGAAGUGCGGUCCGUCCCAUUCCCCCGGCAACUUCAGCCACGUGGACUGGUUUUCUGUCCACAAGGAGAAGCCGACGCUCAUCUUCCGCGUGCGCAAGGGCCAGGGCCAGAGCGAGCCUGGGGAGUACCAGCACCGGCUCAGCCUGCAGGACAGAGGGACCACUCUGGCCCUGACACACAUCACGCCCCAUGACGAGCGCAUCUUCCUGUGCCAGGGCAAGCGGCCUCUGUCCCAGGAGCACCGAAUCCAACUCCGUGUCUACAAAGCUCCAGAGGAGCCAACCAUCCUGGUCAAUCCCUUGGGCAUCUCGGUCAACAGUAAGGAACCAGUGGAGGUUGCUACCUGUGUGGGGAGAAACGGGUACCCCAUUCCUCAAGUCAUCUGGUAUAAGAACGGCCACUCCCUGAAGGAGGAGAAGAACCGGGUUCACAUUCAGUCGUCCCAGAUCGUGGAGUCCAGUGGUCUGUACACCUUGGAGAGCGUUCUGAAGGCCCAGCUGGCCAAGGAGGAUAAAGAUGCCCAGUUUUACUGUGAGCUCAACUACCGGCUGCCCAGCGGGAACCACAUGAAGGAGUCUCAGGAAGUCACUGUCCAGGUUUUCUACCCGGCGGAGAAGGUGUGGCUGGAAGUGGAGCCCGCGGGAAUGCUGAAGGAAGGGGACCGCGUGGAAAUCAGGUGUUUGGCGGACGGCAACCCCCCGCCCCACUUCACCAUCAGCAAGCAGAACCUCAGCACCAAGGAGAUAGAGGAGAUGACGCCCGAAGACACGGGGACCCUGGUCUUGGAGUCUGCGCAGAAGGAGCACAGUGGGCUCUAUCAGUGUCAGGGCCUGGACUUGGAAACCAUGGCAUCGCUGCUGAGCGACCAACAGGAGCUGCUGGUGAACUACGUGUCUGAUAUCCGGGUGAGCCCUGCAGCCCCGGAGAGCCAGGAGGGCGGCAGCCUCACCCUCGCCUGUGAGGCAGAGAGUAACCAAGCCGUGGAGUUCCAGUGGCUGAGAGAAAAGACGGGCCAGGUGCUGGAGAAGGGGCCGGUGCUCCAGUUACACAACCUGAAGCGCGAGGCCGGGGGAGGCUACCGCUGCGUGGCGACAGUGCCCAGCGUCCCGGGCCUGAACCGCACGCGGCUGGUCCAUGUGGCCAUUUUCGGGUCCCCGUGGAUAAUGCUGAAGGAGAGGAAGAUGUGGGUGAGCGAGAACGCGGUGCUGAACCUGUCUUGUGAAGCCUCCGGACAUCCCCGGCCCACCAUCUCCUGGAGCGUCGAGGGCACGGCGCAGGAACAAGACCAGGACCCGCUGAGCGUCCUGAGCGUCCUGAGCGUCCUGGUGACCCCAGAGCUGCUGGAGACGGGUGCGGAAUGCGUGGCCUCCAACUCCCUGGGCAGGAACAGCACCACCAUUUUCCUGGAGUUGGCAGACUCCAGCAGAAGCACCGGGCCCCGCGUCUCCACCACCAGCCCCUCUGUCAGAGCCAACAGCACCUCCACAGAGAAGAAGCUGCCAGAGCCAGAAAGCAAGGGUGUGGCCAUUGUGGCUGUGACUGUGUGCGUCCUGGUCCUGGCUGUGCUGGGUGCCGUCCUCUAUUUCUUCUACAAGAAGGGGAAGCUGCCAUGCGGGCGGUCAGGCAAGCAAGAGAUCACACUGCCCCCGUCUCGUAAGAGCGAAUUUGUAGUUGAAGUUAAGUCAGAUAAGCUCCCAGAAGAGAUGGGCCUCCUACAGGGCAGCAGCGGUGACAAGAGGGCGCCAGGAGACCAGGGAGAGAAAUACAUCGAUCUGAGGCACUAACCAGCCCACCACACUGAGUGCCCUGCCCGCCUGGAAGGUUUUCUGUUCCCUGCUCCGCCCCCACCCCUCUUGUCGCUCAGGAUGAUCACCAAAGCCUCUAAAGUGGGCUCUGGAGAAGGCCCCUGCUCCAGCUGGCCUGCAGGCCCCGUUUCAGAGGGCAGAGCCAUUCCAAGAAGGUCCUUUUCUGGGGACCUACCCGCCUCAGUCUUACUUUGUCGGGUGAUGCUCAUCCCAGGGAGGGGCCUAGCAUCCGAGGAGUGGGAAGGUGUUUCUCAGGCCAGGUUUUCUCUGUAUACAUAUGGUGGAUGUACAUACCUGUCCUCUGCCGGCAGCCAAACUAGGUAGCCUAUUUAUCUUGAGUUGGUUUCCUGCCCCAAAGGCUGGCUUUUUUAGUUGUGUUGCUGAAGUGAGGAGCCAUGGCCCCUCUCCGUUGGUGAAGUACGCUGCUCACACCGGUUCUGGAGCGUACCCCAGCAUUCAUGACAGGCAGCUGCCUACCUGACUCUCUGACCCACCUCUCUCUGGACAGAAGCAAGGAUGGACUAGUAUUAUCCCUUAAAAAAUGUGUUGGGUCUCUCAUUGCCCCUAAAGGGAGGAAGCUGGGCGGUUUUCCACAGUUAGGCCAUUGAGCCCAAACCACCCACCUCCCAGUCAGGUAAUCAUGUCAGACUGAAAGGUGGGGUUAGGGGACAGAGAUGAGGUCCAGACUGUCCUUUAGGAUGAUUAAGACUAUAAUUAUACUAGCACCAUACUUUAGGCCCUGACAGAAGGGCCCUAAUGGGAUGGUACUUAGGGAUGAGAAGUGGGCCUGGCUAGAGCUUUGGGGUGUGUAUAUGUAUCUGUGUGCAGGUAUGUAUGUAUAUGUGGUUUUGUUAGGUUGUAUGUAAAUUUACAAAUUCCCAAUUAUAUAUAUGUGUGUGUGUGUGUGUGUAUAUAUAUAUAUAUAUAUGAAAAAUAAAGCUUAAUUGUCCCAGAAA